AUGUUCGCGAAAAUUAAGAAUGAUCCGCUCUACCAGGACCUUAAUUGGCGCUUGUUGCUGAUCGGGUGUGUCGCCAACCUGGGGGCGAUGGGAUUCGGAUUUGAUAAUGGCUGGUGGGGAGGCGCUCUUGGUUUGUCACAGUUUCAGCGCAAGUACGGCGCCUACAACGAAGAGCUGGGUCGCUAUGCGAUACCUUCGGACAAGACUUCCGUCGGAACCGGUACCGGCUCUGCUGGAAUCAUUCUCGGAUGUAUCAUGGCUCCCUUUGUCACCUCAAGACUCGGCCGGAAGAAGUCGUUCCUAGUCAUCUCGGCUUUCAUGGGCACUGGCGUGGUUCUAGAGUCGUCUGCUGUCACGUCGUUCUGGCAACUGGUAGUUGGCAGAAUCUUGGUCUAUGCGGGCAUGGGACUGGCGUCCAACCUAACGCCUAUGUAUCUCUCGGAGUGCUCGCCUCCGAGGAUCAGAGGCGCUUUCCUUGCACUUUACAGCUUCUUCCUCUCUUUCGGUGUCUUCAUGGCCGCCAUUGCAGUCUAUUUGUCGCGGACAAGGACGGACAAAUGGCAAUAUUUAAUUGUCAUUCUAUGUCAGCUCUUUGUUCCUAUUGGAUACGUCGUCAUGUAUCCAUUCCUCCCAGAAUCCCCUCGGUAUCUCAUCUACCGCGGGAAAUACGAUGAAGCCGAACAAGUCCUCAAGAAGUUAUCAAACCAUCCUGAAACGAUUGCACAAGAAGUCCAGCUGCUCAAAAUACAAGUUGAGGAGCAGCGCGAGCUGCACAAGGCUACGUCACUUAAAGACUGUUUCAAGGGCGUAAACUUGCGCCGCACCAUCAUAGCUAUGAGCGUGCAGAUCUUGCAGCAGGCACAGGGCGUCUCUUUUAUCCAAAACUUCAUUGUCACCUUCAUGCAGCAACUCGGAUUUCCGGAUUCCUUGCGCACCAAUGUCAUGGUCACUGGUUGUGGUUUUGCAGUCCACUUCAUCACCUUUCUGACUUUCGACAAGCUCGGCCGACGUCGGUCCUUGUCUCUGGGCGCUGUUUUCUUGGCUGGUAUGAUGCUUGGCACUGGAGCGGCAACGGCGACUGGGUCGGCAGGGCAUUACUCUUCAACAGUUGCCAAUGCUUCAGCUGCGUUGCUCAUCCUAUGGUAUUCGAUUUACGGAAUCACCUGGGGCCCCGGAUGCUGGGUUGUUGCUGGUGAGAUUGGAACUGGUCAGCUUCGGGAGAAAACCUUGUUCCUUGCAUCCAUGGGCAGCUUCCUGACGUCCGUUCCGAUAAACUUUGUCAAUCCUUACGUCCAGGCCAGACUCGGUGGUGGUGUCACAUUCAUCUACGGUGCCUUUUCCGUCGUGGCGGCUGUAUGGGUCUUCUUCAUGGUCCCCGAGACGAAAAACCGUUCGCUUGAAGAGUUGGAUGAGAUGUUCCAAGCCAAUAUCAAAACUCGAGGGUUUAAGAAGUAUGUCUCAACCGGCUUGGGUGCCCAGAUCACCAUGGCGGAGGAUAAGGGCGCGAAGAAUAUUGAAGUUGAGCAAGAGGAGGAUGCAUGA